CUUGUGAUAAGGCGUGAUAAGACGCCUAAAAGAACAAUUUUACCGAUGUCCCCUAAGACUCCCAGGCCCACGGAUCUCAACGCUAGCCCGCGGACCUUGGCUCCGGGAUCGAAAUUGAUACUGGGAUCUGCCCAAGAUUACUAGUCUCUAUGGUGUUCCUCCUAUUGGUCGAGAUAACCGAGAGAUGCACUUACAAGCGACCGAAAAGAGUCGGAUGCGCUCUCUUUGUGGAAAAGCAUUGCCAAGUUUGACAAGAUGAUCGCUUCCAAUGUAACCCUCGCUAUCGAAUCUUUCAGCCUGCGUCGCUUAAUCGAGGCCACCCUAGGCCGGUCUAAUCUCAGAUAGCGAUACAGAGUACACAGACACUCCAGCUGGCAAGGGAAACAAGGAUGGUUCAAUAGCCUAAACAACGUGGCUGGCUGAUACGUCCGAAAUUGUCCUGUGCCUACCGUAUUGUACGGGAGUAGCGUGUUUAGGGAUGGAACAGUGUCAAGGCACAACUGAGAGUGAGGGUCAGCUCUGAGGCAAGAUUCUACAAUGAUUCAAUAGUACCACUGUCCGGGACCCUGCAAGUAUGGAUCUUGUUGGGAAGUCUCGACCAGAUAUCGACAGGCUUUGCAGAACACCAUAGCCUUCGUUGAGGCUGAUUGCUAGUGUGAAAUCUCCCAGGCUAUGGUGGAAUACUGUUGAGACGUAUAACUUGGACGAUCUUAUUACAUUUAUCCACGAGACCGAUCUUUCUGAGAUUCCCGUUACCUGCUGCCCCCCUCAGCUAUCACGUUCAAGUCCUUUACCAUGUCGGCGCCUGUCCAGACUCAGCCUGAGGAGCCUGCGCUCAGCGUGCAGGGUCCCCCCACUGGUGCUGCUCAACCCGCUGCCUCAGGGGCCUCUACGCCCAUACCUGCUUCGCAAAGUCGCCUCUCAUCUUACCAUGCUCGAGGGCAGUCAUCCGCCACAACACUUAAUCAAGACAGAGUCAAACGGCGCUUCAAGAGUUCUCGUCUUGUUGGAGAAUACGAGAAGCCAUGGCUCAAGGAAUGGAAGCGCGAGAUCAAUUGGGACAGUAUCAUCUUCUAUACAGGCGUUUUCAUUGCUCUCGGCAUCUCGGGUUUCAUAGCCUGGAACACUGUCCGAGUCAUCCCCCACAAUGAGUACUGCCUCAUCAUGGAUGACCAGUUUUCUAAGCUGGACCCAGAAAUCUGGAGCCAUGAGGUUCAAAUGAAUGGAUUCGGCACAGGAUCUUUUGACUGGACUACUACUGACGAGUCCAACUCCUACGUCGACGAGCAGGGCCUUCACAUUGUCCCAACUCUGACCCUCGAGACCACUAAGAUCACCGAGAAUCAGAUGCUGGACAAGUUUGUCGUCAAUCUCACUCGCGACGGCACUUGCACUUACACGGACCAGCGUCUCUCGAACCUCACAUACAAUAACCCCUGCUGGGCACGUAGCAAUGCUACCAGUCGAGCCAUGAUCAACCCUGUACGUUCUGCUCGUCUCACAACGUCAGGUAAGAAGACCAUCAAGUAUGGCCGCGUCGAGGUUGAAGCGAAGCUUCCUUCUGGCGAUUGGAUGUGGCCGGCUAUCUGGAUGAUGCCCCAAGAUAAUGUCUAUGGAGAAUGGCCUCGCAGUGGUGAGAUCGAUAUCAUGGAGUCGCGAGGUAAUGAUGCUGAGACAUACCCGUUGGGGAACAACAUCGUGAGCUCAGCGAUGCACUGGGGAACAUUAUAUGAUACAGAUGCCUUCCGACUUAGUAAAGGCGAGUGGGGCUCUAAGCGUACCAAGUAUUCGGAUAACUUCCAUACUUUCGGCCUGGAAUGGAGUGAGAAUUACCUUUUCACGUGGCUUGACGGAAGACUCCGUCAAAUCGUGUACUUUGACUUCACCAAGAACAAGAACAUGUGGGACUAUGGCAAGUUUGCUGGUAUCACAGUUAACAAAACAGUGUACCAAGACACCUGGAGUUGGACAGGACGAAAGAACACCCCAUUCGACCAGCCCUUCUACCUUAUUCUCAACGUUGCCGUUGGAGGCAAUAACGGCUGGUUCCCUGACAAGAUGGGCGGGAAGCCAUGGUCAGAUGAGAGCUCAGAGCCAAUGCGCGACUUUUGGGACGCCAAGGACACCUGGCUGCCAAGUUGGGGCAAUCAGAAAGACCGCGGCAUGAUCGUCCGAUCGGUCAAAAUGUGGCAGGAGGGAGCUUGUCCAAUUAAGAACUAGAAUGUUUUCUCUUUUUUGCUGGUGCAGCUAUUAAUAUUUGGGUUCUUUGGGUGGGGGUCAGGUUAGACAGCGCGAUUUCAGUGGACAGGUAGAGUAUAGGGGCAUUUCAUCAGGUACAUGGGAUGAAUUGUCAUUGUCGUCUAUUAGAUAAUUCGGUAUCAUGGGAAUUUAAUCGGUAUUCACUUCAAGCUACCCACUAUACCCUUCUUAAGUCCGAGCAAUCGUUGGAUAUACUUGCUCCGUAGCCCUAAAAGUCUCUC